AUGUUUAUUUUAUUAUUAUUAAACAUAAGUUUUGCUUUGCCAGAUUUUUAUCAUCAAUUUGAUUCUAUCAAUUUGAACUAAUAUUCUAAUUGUGCAAAAAUAGAGACUUUAAUUGAAGAUCCAAAAGUUGAUAUAAUUACAAUUAAUGAAAAUGCUAAAUUUAAAGCAUUUUUGAUGUUUGGUGAACAUGCAAGAGAAUUAAUAAGUCCUGAAACAGGUAAUUAAAUUUACGAUAAAGAAAGGUCUUCAUUUAUUAGAUUCUAUUUGCAAUAAUAAAUAUGAUGUUAGUAAGUAUUAAAUUAAAAUGGUUUUAAAUCUUAAUCCAUUAUCAAGGAUGAGAGUAGAAAAUGGAGAAUAUUGUUUAAGAUUAAAUGAAAACAAUGUAGAUUUGAAUAGAAACUAUGAUGCUCAUUUCAAGUAAUAUACUGAUAUGGAAAUGUAAACAAAUUCAGGGCCAGAGCCGUUUUCAGAACCAGAAACUAAAGCAGUCAGAGAUCUUUUAAAAUCUUAUAAACCAAAUAUGUUUUUAUCAAUUCACUCUGGAAGUGCAGGAUUAUUUACACCUCAUGCAUAUUCAAUGGAAGAACGUAUUUCAUUAAAAGUAUUUUAUAGCUUAAAAUUAUGAAGAAUUAAUGAAAGUUUUAAAUGUAAUUAGAGAAGAUCAUUGUCCAAUGUGUGAGACAGGUUUAUCAAGUAAAAAUGUUGGAUAUUUGGCAUUUGGUAGUGCAAUGGAUUAUGCAUAUGAUGAGAUUGGAAUAAAAAAUUCAUAUUUGUUCGAAAUAUAUCAUAAAGAUGUUAAUAUGAUUAAUGAUCUAAGAGUUGAAUCUAUUAAAAAAUAAAAGAGAAGCUUUUUAGAAUUAAAGGAUGACGACUUAUCUAAUUAAGAAUGUUUUGAUUAUUUUAAUCCAAAAGAAAAGGAAUAAUAUGAUUGGUAUACUUAAAAUUGGAGUGAUGCUAUUAUCAAAACAUUAAGUUUAGUUGAGUCAUAAUAAAAUGAUGAAAUAAUAUUAGCUCAUAAUUGA